AUGGGCCCUGUGAGCGCUGGACUCUGGCGCAAAUUGCGUGCGCAUCAGGUUCAUGGUGCCAAUACGGAUGUGGGUAAAACCAUCGUGUCAACAGUCCUUUGUAAUGCCGUCCAAAGACAAAAACAACGGGCUGCGUUCCUGAAACCUGUCUCCACUGGAGCUCUGGACGAUGCCGAUGACCGCCAUUUAAAGCGUUUCGGGGCAGGAACUUUGACCAAAUGCCUAUAUCAGUUCGAUGAGCCCGUUAGUCCUCAUCUCGCUGCAAAAACAAAGAUUAUUCCACAAGAUGAUGAGUUGUUGGAAUCCAUUCACAAGACUCUCUUUGACUGGUCUCAAUCGAAUGUUGACUUUGCCUUGGUCGAAACUGCCGGAGGAGUUCACUCCCCUGGCCCCAAUGGUAACUCCCAAGCGGAUUUGUACCGUCCCCUUCGAUUGCCCAUCGUGCUUGUUGCAGACUCACGGCUAGGAGGUAUCUCUGCGUCAAUUUCGGCCUAUGAGUCCUUGCUGCUCCGCGGAUAUGAUGUUCAAUCCGUGUUGUUAUUCCGUGAUGAAUAUUAUCAGAACCAUGAGUAUCUGCGUGACUAUUUCCGCAAAAAAAGUAUUCCCUUGGUAUCGCUACCUGCACCGCCAGCAAGACCUUCGCAGGAGGACGCAGAUGCUCGAUCAAGGGAUGAGGAAGCUAUGUCAUCCUACUAUGGGCAAGUCUCUCAAGAAUCAGCUAUCUUCCGUCUACUCGAGGAGAUGACUAUUAAAAACAAGAGCCGAAUCGAGCGACUCGAAGAGAUGGCUGGACGAGCCCAUGACUUGAUUUGGUAUCCUUUUACUCAGCACCACGGCAUGGAAGCCAAAGAAAUCACGAUCAUCGACUCAGCCUAUGAUGAUUAUUUCCAGACCUUUGGCUCUAGUAAGCUUUCCCAGCCGGAAAGUGAAUUACGCCCGACAUUUGAUGGCUCGGCUUCGUGGUGGACCCAAGGACUGGGUCACGGAAAUCCUGCGCUGGCUCUUUCCGCUGCAUAUGCGGCCGGUCGCUAUGGACAUGUCAUGUUCGCAGGGGCUGUGCAUGAGCCAGCACUCUCCCUUGCCGAACUCCUGUUGAAGACCCUUGACAAUCCGCGCUUUAGCAAAGUGUUCUAUACUGAUAACGGUAGCACUGGAAUGGAGGUUGCAAUCAAGAUGGGUCUUCGAGUGGCAUGUGAUCGAUACGGCUGGGACGCUAGUAAGGAGCAGAUUAAAAUUCUGGGACUCAAGGGUAGUUAUCACGGCGACACUAUCGGAGUAAUGGAUUGUUCUGAUCCUUCAACAUAUAACCAGAAAGUCGAGUGGUACCGUGGUCGGGGCCAUUGGUUUGACUUUCCGCUGGUGAAGAUGGUCAAUGGUACAUGGAGGGUCGAGUUUCCAGAUGAAAUCAAGGCAGAUCUUGGCUCGGACAGGGAGUUUGAUUCUCUGGGCUCGGUAUUUGAUGUUAACAAACGCCUCAGCUCCGAUGAAGGUCAGCGAUAUAAGGAUUACAUCCGCCGUACCAUUGAGGAUCUUGUGAAGAAUCAGGGAAUGAAGUUUGGCGCUCUGAUUAUGGAGCCUAUCAUUCUGGGUGCUGGCGGAAUGCUUUUUUGUGACCCAUUGUUCCAACGUUGUCUGACCGACGUCGUCCGGGACCAUCCAGAGCUAUUUUCUCCUAAAAAUAACAUCCCAAAAGCAGCACCAUCAUGGUCAGGCUUGCCUAUUAUCUUUGAUGAAGUAUUUACUGGUCUCUGGCGUCUUGGACGCUCGAACUCGGCAUCAUUUUUGGAUGUUUACCCCGACAUCGCUGUGAACGCAAAACUUCUGACCGGUGGCCUGAUUCCUCUUUGCACAACCACUGCCAGCCAAGAAAUUUUCGAUACGUUCUCGAGUCCUGAGAAAAGUGAUGCUCUUCUCCAUGGUCAUAGUUACACUGCCCAUGCAGUUGGGUGUACCGUGGCGAAUGAUUCACUGAAGACGAUGAUUGAUAUUGAGAACAAUGGAUCUUGGAAUGGAUUCCGUGCGGACUGGAACACUGAGCAGUCUGAGUCAGCAAAUUCAUCUACGCCGGAAGUGUGGAGCGUCUGGUCGUAUGGGCUGUUGCAUGACUUGUCUUGCGCCGAAUCGGUGGAGAGCGUAUUUGCUAUCGGAACAGUUCUGAGUAUCUCGCUUCGAGAUGAACAAGGUGGUGGCUACACUUCAAAUGUGGCCAAGGGAUUGCAGCAGAAGCUGGCUGCUGGUGGUGACCAGUUUAAUGUUCACUCUCGAGUUCUGGGUAACGUGCUCUACUUGAUGUCUAGCGUGACCUCAAAACCAGAUUCACUGCAGGAAAUGGAGAGAAUGCUUCGUUCUUCUCUCUUAGAAAAUUAG